AUGAUUCGCGAGCAACCACGACAACUUACGAAAGGGUUGUUUGAGGAGGUGGGGCUUGCUCGCAAUAUCAAACGUCUUCGCUUUGACGACUUUGUGCUUUGCGUAGCGACCGUCGCGACUUGGUCUAAGAACGAGCUGCUGCAUUACGCCUUUAAGCAAUUCGAUGUGGACGAAUCUGGAGUGAUGGAUGGUCGAGAGCUUCGUGCAUUUUGCGAGGGGUUGAAGAACGAUAGCAACACUAGCCUUUACUUCGCUAAGAAUGCCAACACCGUUGUUGAUCUUGAAGACUUGGCAAAGGGGACGACGGAGUUCCAGAUUGCAUUUUACCCGUUGCUGCAGCUACAGCAGAACGUACGUGCUUGUGCGCUGGGAGAUCGCUUUUGGGCCGAGGUGGCUCAGCGUCGUCAUGAAGUUGAAGUGAUCGUGCACUAUAUGCGACUUCAUAGCGGUAAACUGCCCUCCGUUUCCAUCGUGAACCGCAUCAUAGCGUACUUCAUGCCGUUUUCGCAUGCUAAUGCUCAGUUGGUAGUACACAAGUUAGCGGUCCUCAAAUAUGCUGAAGAGGGAAGAAUUUGGCAAGAGCAGUCCAAGGCGCGAGCAGAAGUCGAGGUGCUGGCGUUGAAAGACAUCCAAGAAGAGGAUCAAGAUUCUUCUAAGCCGUAG